AUGCCCUGGUCCUCCCUGCUUAUUCUUACGUCUGCGCUGCCCUUCUCCCGUGCUUCUUGCAAGCUUCCAUCCAAUUUCGACAGGCCCCUGGAAAUUUCCGCUCCACUACCUGUGCUGGUACCCGUUGGCGCCGCCGACGCCCAUCCUGCUUGCUUGUCCUCCCAUGUCUCUCCGGCGACUACAACUGGCUCAACUGGCCUGACUGACAAGGGUGAUCAACUGUACAGUACAAGCCUUCGGCUGAGGCGGAAAUGGAGAAACGGGCAGAUGCAUCCACACACGAGGCAGUUUGUUCUGUCCCGCCGAAAGUUCAAUUCAAGACGGACGGAGACACUGUCGCCGUCUGCUUCUGGCUGCUUCAGUCUGGCUGCCUUUGAUGCAGCUGAGGGCUGA